CGGGCGGCCUCUUUGUUUUCCCCUUGAACCCUCUCAGGGGGGCGACCACCGCCGACCUCCUUUGAGGGACCAGGGGCUGACCGCGGACAAAGGGGCGGCGGGGCUGUGCAGGGGACGUGUAAGGGCUGUGUAAGGGCCGUGUAGGAUCGCAGCGCACGCCCCGGCGGCCGGAAGACAGGGCGGGUGGUGAGGGGUGGGGAGAGGGGAGGACCGGCUGAGCCCGGCUGAAAAGGAGGGCUCACCCUCCCGUCGCACCCCCUAACCUCCUUCCCGGGUCCUGCCGGUGCUUUUUGUGGUGGGCAGAUCCCCUGCACGCCCCCACCUUUAUGCACCAUGGCGGUGUCCUGGAGGAGCUGGCUGGCCAACGAGGGGAGCAAGCACCUCUUUUUGUUUUUCUGGCUCUCUCUCAACGUGUGGCUCUUCUGGAAAACCUUCCUGCUGUAUUAUCGAGGGCUCCAGUACUAUUAUUUGCAUCAGAUGUUAGGGGAUUGUGUGUUAGCAGAGCUUCAGCAUCUGUCCUCAAUCUCAACUGCUGCCUGGUCCUUCUACCAAUGUGCCGUGUUCUCUUGGCCUUCCUCCGAGGGUCUCAAAAGGUUGCCAGCAGGAAAACCAGAAGGCUGAUAGACAAAAGUAAAACUUUCCAUGUGACGUGUGGUGUAACAAUAUGCAUCUUUUCAGUCUUACAUGUUGCUGCUCAUCUGGUGAAUGCUCUUAACUUCUCUGAGAACUACAAUGAAGACUUUCUGGCAAUAAAUGCAGCACACUAUCGUGGUGAGGACCCAAGGAAACUGCUUUUUGCUACUGUUCCAGGUCUGACUGGAGUCUUUAUGGUGCUAGUAUUAUUCCUAAUGUGUACAGCUUCUACAUAUGCCAUCAGGGUUUCAAACUAUGACAUCUUCUGGUAUACACACAACCUUUUCUUUGUCUUCUAUAUGCUGCUGAUGCUGCAUGUUUCGGGGGGAGUGCUCAAGUACCAGACCAACUUAGAGGAACACCCUCCUGGUUGCUUUAAUCCUAACAAAACACUCCAAGAGAAUAUGACAAUGCCAAAGGCUUUUGAAGAGCCGUUUCCAAACCAUACUACUGAACCUUUCCCAGAGGACUUAUCAGUACCAGAACCCUCUGUACAAAAUAACUUUAUGAGAAUUUGUUCCCAGGAACCCAAGUUCCAGUCACACUUCCCAGAGACCUGGUUUUGGAUUUCUGGACCUCUCUGCUUGUACUGCGUAGAACGGCUGUACCGCUACAUCCGCAGCAAUAAGCCAGUCACCAUAACAUCAGUGAUAAGCCAUCCCUCCAAUGUCCUUGAAGUAAGGAUGAUCAAAGACAACUUUCAAGCAAGGCCUGGUCAGUAUGUUAUUCUACACUGUCCAAGAGUGUCUGGACUGGAAAGCCAUCCAUUUACCCUUACAAUGUGCCCUACAGAUACCAAAGCAACGUUUGGGGUCCACCUUAAAGUAGUAGGAGACUGGACAGAAAGAUUUCGGGAUUUACUGCUUCUACAUUCAAAUCAAGACACAGAGAUUCUGCCUAUCUUUCAGCAGAGGCGCUAUCCCAAACUGUAUGUGGAUGGACCUUUUGGAAGUCCCUUUGAAGAAUCCCUGAACUAUGAGGUCAGCCUCUGCGUAGCUGGUGGUAUUGGAGUUACGCCAUUCGCAUCGGUACUCAACACGCUGCUUGAUGGCUGGAAACGCUACAAGCUGAGAAGACUCUACUUCAUUUGGGUGUGCAGGGAUGUUGAAUCUUUCCGCUGGUUUGCAGAUUUGCUCUGUAUGCUGCAUGAUAAGCUUUGGCAAGAGAAUCGACCAGACUAUAUAAAUAUCCAGCUGUACCUCAGUCAAACAGAUGGAAUACAGAAAAUAAUUGGUGAAAAAUAUCAAGCCCUAAACUCAAGGCUUUUGAUUGGACGACCCCGGUGGAAGCUCCUCUUCGAUGAAAUAGCAAAGUGUAACAGGAGGAAGACCAUUGGAGUUUUCUGUUGUGGACCAAACAAAAUCUCUAAGAUACUUCAUAAACUGAGCAACAGCAGCAACUCUUAUGGGACAAGCGUCCUGAAAUCUGCACCAUCUUCCUAAUGAUCUGCACUGUCACACCAGGAGGGGGAAGCCAUGAGUAGCUCCUGAAGCUUCAGGAAAAGUGCUGUCAACUGUGGAGCAAACCAAGGAGGGCAGGAGAGGAUGAUAAAUUCCAGCACUGAACAGUCUGAAAUAUUUAGAACCUGGAAGCAAAGGGGAAGGAGGGAGUCAUUCUUCCUGGCUCCUAAAUUCCAGACACUGAAAGCAAACCCCAUUGCCUGAUGUGAAUGCAAAGUCUUCCUGGGAUUUGAGAACUAAUGCAUGCAAAGAGAUAGCCUUUCAGUGCACAACUCAAAUCCAAGCACAGAAGAAAACUAGUAUAUUUUAGUGAAUGCCUUCAAAAUAAAUCAUUUUUGAUAUAAAUCCAUCAUUGACUCUUUCUAGUUAACCUGUUUCAAGAACUACCAAAAAAGCUACCAAAAAGCUGUUUUGCAGCUUUUGGGUUGUACAUGGCUUUACAUGUUAACUCCUUUUAACCAAAUUCCUGGAGUAUAUAGUUCUCCGUGCUAGCUGUCAGUAGCUUUAACAGUUUAAUAAAUACAUUCUGUGUUUGUUGCUGCUGUGACCCUAGGUACAGACAGCCUUGAAGAUGCAAAGCAGUGUUACAUAAAUGUGUAGUGUACAUAGCAACACUGAGAAGAGGGAUGCUGCUGCAUUGCUUUUGGUGCACCAGUCACACAUUAAAAUUCUGUCAUUGCAAGGUCGUGUUGCUCGUCUCAUACUCUACAACCCUGGGGAAGAAAUUUGGAUGAGAGGUGGGGGAGGAAGACCAAAAACUUCCUCCUUGUGCUGUAGCCAAGAAUAUAUUCAUCGACAGCAAGGCAUUUCUGUUUGUUUCCAAAGAGCCUGUCAUUUCUUUUUCAGGGAUAGUGGAUUCUCUGCUGGUGCUGAGUAGUGGUGUUUACAUGUUAGAAAUGUAGCAUGGUGAUAAUGGGUCACUUCUGAACUGAAUAAAUAACACCUCUGAGCCCUUUCUUCUCCCUUAAAUAAUCUAGGAGAAAUACAAAAUACCAGAGAGCAUGCAGAGUGGACUGUGUCCUGAGCUGCUCUCGGUGCAGCCAGGUUAGCAGUGCUGCACAGAAACUCUGCAGGCUGCUGCGAAGAAGGAAGCAAGGUUUGGGCAAAGAAGGUAACAACUCUUUAAGGAGAAGUACAACAGUGGUACGUGAUCUGUAGCCAGAAAGAGGCCAUGUCACAACGUUGACCAUCACAUCUGUGAAUGGUGCUGAGGCAGAGCCUACCCUAAAAGUACACUUGGCAUCAGGGAAAGUUGAGGGCUCUCAGAUUGAGUCUGCACAAUGUGAGAUGAAAACCGGUUUUAAUGCAGCUGGGUUAGCCACCUGUGUGCAGUGUCCAGCUUGCAGCCCAGACCUGUCAUAUCUGAGGGCAAACUGUAUAGAUGAUGAACUGGUCAGAGUCUCAAGUGCAGUCUCAGACGCCUGGCUAACUGAGGGUAUGGACAUACCCUUUGUAUUUCUCUGGCUCUGAAAAAGCAAGUUGCUCAGUGACUGGGGAGCAGGGAGUUGUCAUUAGGGGUCAAAUGCUCGAAAGCAUGUACUUCCCUGGUAAGUGCAACAGCCUGAAAAGGUAAGGAUGAUGCGUGCCAAUUUCCAUCAGCAAACGUAUAUACCCCACCCAUAUUUGCACUAGUGUUCACGGGGAACAAAGAGGGAAUUCUGCAGAGAAGAUACAAGGGACAUGUUUUUCCUUUGUUGUGUCAGAAAAAAAAUAAGUAGCUGAU